ACAGUAUGACGUUGGCAGUAUAUUACCACAUAAAAUACAGAGAUGCAAAUACAUCCCUGGAUAUUUUUGAUGAGAGACUGCAUCCUCUCACAGAAGAGACGCUUCCAGAGGACUACUUUCAGCAUGAUCCUGAACAUGAAUGUAUAUACAGAUUUGUUGCUAUUAUUUUUAAUGCCCUAUGCAUACCAACUGAAUGCGCAAUAAUGACUUUGGUUUACUUAGAAAGGUUGAUGUCAUAUGCUAAGAUUGACCUCUGUCCUACCAACUGGAAAAGGAUUGUCUUGGGAGCCAUUGUUCUUGCCUUCAAGGUUUGGCAUGAUAAGGCUGUGUGGAACAUAUACUUCUGCCAGAUCCUCAAGAACCUUGCACUCCAAGACAUAAAUCAACUGGAAAGGCAUUACUUGUGUCUGCUUGAGUUUAAUGUUAAUGUGUCUGCCAGCAUUUAUGCCAAAUACUACUUUGAUCUUCGCUCUUUAGCAGAUCACAGCAACAUGUAUUUUGUGCCUGCACCUCUCACCAAAGAAAGAGCACAGAAACUAGAAGCGAUGUCAAGAUACUGUGAGGAUGGAGGCUUGCACAGAGGUGAAAUCAGAAAAGCUUCCAGUGAUGACAGCUUCACUGGAAUUCAACUGUCUAAAGCCAUCCUGUCUUAAAAGAGAGAGAUGAGGGCUAUGACAUCGUAGACCCUCGUUUACACAAGAUGGACCACCUGUCUUUGAAAAAAAAAAAAAUCCAAAGUGAACAUGUUUGCCAAAAGGAAAGACCUUGAAUUUCAGAAACUGUUGGACAGUUAUAGUUGUAUUGCAUGGGAAGAGACCUUGUGAAAGCAACAACACACUUCCUUUCUUCAUUGAUGUGAGCAGAGUUACUAGUACCACAAAGCAGAAGCUCCUGGCUGACACAACCAUUCGCUUACUUCACAGGCCAAUGCCUGUGAACUCUGCAAGGUUUUUAGAUUAAGAGUAUAAAGUUAAGCUAGUUUAAAAUUUUAAUAAAUUUUUAAGGUAGAUUUUUUAAAUAGUAUCUGUUUAGUUUUCAUGUCCCCUGCCACAAUAUAGCUGUGUAGACUUUUAGGAUUAGCAUAGUAUUACUGUUAAAAAAUGGGGAACCUUUUGUAUUACAUGGUGCUGAGAGAAAAAUCCACAUUCCUAUCCAUGUCUCAGGCAGUAUGUCUAUUACUGAGCCAUUCACCCAGCCCCAAAAUGGGAGUAUUCACACUUAUGAAAUCAUUUAGGACUACACUGCCACGUCAUCAGUAUUGAAGGUUCUUCCUUCCUGUGGUAUCACUGAGUUCCUAGGCAGUCAUGUCAGCAAUUUUACACAAAAAUUCAGCCAGAGAGCACUUGCCACUCAGGUUCUUUACAAGCACUACUUAGCAGCCUCAUGCCAUUCCAUGUCUGUGGUCAUAAAGAAAAAUCAUCUGCUAUUGGCUAUCUACUUUUAUCGGGUUCAUACAGAAUCUUAUGAGGUAAAAGUGGUGCUGAUAAUUUUUUGAUGAUUUCCCUUUGUUAAAUAAACAUGUCAGAAGAUAUUUCUAUAAUGCAAACCAAUAUGAUGGUUCAAUAAUCACUACAGAUAGUAAAGUACAAGGCAUCCCAAAAGUUUCAGAGUAGUUUUAAGCCUUUGGCUACUAUGUUUGUGUCUUUAAGGGCACUGGAGCAGGUAGAAAAGCUGCAAACUUACAAAUCAUUAUUCCAACAUUUCAGUUUGGUGAGUUUAGAAUAUUAUUCAUUUAUUCUAAACUUUUUCUAGUCUCUUAAAAAAAGGAUAGAGAGAAGAGCUAGAACAAAAGUUAAAAGCUUAAUUUUCACAUUUCUCAAGUUAAUACUUCCAAAUAAUAUAUGAUAAUGUUUUAACUUCUGUAUUUAUACACGGUACCAAAGCUUAAAAUGACACUAAGAUUUUUGGGAUGUUUUAUAUUGCAAAGAGUUUCCCUCUUCUUUCCGAGGAGUUCUUUUAGAGCAGUGCACUAUCCCUAUUUUGAGUACCUAAAUUUCUUGGUUCUUGAUUUGGUGAAGGAGAGUAUUAAGAGCAAUAUUAAUUGGCAUGUUUCAUAAAGGAAUUGGACCCCAACAGCAGCACUUGGUAUGAAAGCUUAUUUUGAAACCUAUCCUACAUGUUACCUUAGCAGUAGGUACCCCAUUGCGAGCCCGAUUAUUUAAGACAGAAGUUACACAAACCUUAGGAACAUAAUAUAGGUUUUAAAGGACAGAAAUUAAGUAAUUUUAGACAACUUACAACAAUGUUACCUCAGUAUUAAAAAUUAGUGUUUUGGGGCUGGGGAUUUAGCUCAGCGGCAUAAGAACCUGCCUUGCAAGCAGGCGGUCGUGAGUUUGAUACCCAGUAUGAAUUAAAAGAAAAAAGUUAGUGUUUUGCCUCAUGAAAUACAUUUCUUUCCUUCUCAAAUACAACAACCUAUGCUGUCCAAAGAAAAUUAUUUACAGAAUUUCAAACUUAAAGAUUUGAAUGUUACUUGCAGAUGUUUUGUGAGAGAAUCCUAAAAUUUAUAUUUAUUUUUCAUUUCCAUGACUAUGUUUUUAAAAAGUAAUAAACUCCUUUGAUUACAACACA